AUGUGCCUGUUCUCAGAUCCUUUUUGCUCAAGCGUCACGGGGCGAGCCUGCUUGGCUCAAGCCAGAGUCGCCUGUGCCCGUAGCUCGUUGGCAGCUCGGUUGCCACCCCUCAACAAUGUCUGGCACCUGGAUCAAGCAGGAUGCCAAGAUGCGGAUUCCGAAGACCUCGUUCCUGCGGAUGUGAUGACCCAGCGGGGAGGGAUCGUGGAGGCGUUCCAGUUUGACCUGUUCGAUCUCGGGGGCGUCCAAGAGGGGUGCCAGGAGACCGUCGCUGUGGACGUCUGCAUCCCAGGCACCCCGGAGUCUGUUGCGGACGAGUGGACGGUCUGGCUUGCCCGUGCCCCCAAAUGA